AUUUUCCUGUUCAGCAUAAUCCUCUGAAUACUAUGCUGAACGUUCAUGUAGAUUAUUCUCUUCACAGUGAACGGGUUCAGUAUAUUUACCAACGCUUUCACAAUUUACUGACUUCGAGAGCCAGACGAGGACUCUUGCGUUCAUUAUCAGUACCAAGUGCCAAUCAAAUUGAUUUUUCUUCAAACGACUAUCUUUGUCUUUCAAGAAGUGAGUUAUUUAUGGAAAGCAUAAAGAGGGAAUCUGCAAAAGAUAGUUUACAACGUGUGGGAAGCACUGGAUCGAGACUGUUGAGUGGUAAUUCGCAGUAUGCGGAAGACUUGGAGAGACUUAUUGCAGAUUUCCACUGCGCUGAAAGUGCUCUCUUAUUCAAUAGUGGCUUCACGUGUAAUUUGAGUAUUAUGGGAUACAUAGCGCAGGAAGAAGAUCUCAUCCUAGUAGAUCAGUUUGCACAUUCUUCAAUUCAUGAAGGCUGUAAAAUUUCACGAUCCAAAGUUCGCGUAUUUCCUCAUAACGAUAUUGAUGCCUUGAGAAACUUGCUCAAGGACAAAUCCAAUAUUGAACUUUUACAUGGCUCUAUUUUCAUUGUAGUGGAGAGUAUCUACUCGAUGGACGGUGAUUUUGCUCCAGUUGAAGAAUUGCUGGAAAUUUGUUUGGAGUUUGGAACUCAUCUUAUCGUGGAUGAGGCACACUCUGCUGGUGUAUAUGGUAAACGCGGAGAAGGAAUCGUACAAAUGAAAGGACUGCAUCAGCAUCCAUGUUUAUUCAUGAGAGUUGUAACUUUUGGAAAGGCUUUUGGAUGUCAUGGUGCUGCAGCACUUUGUCGUUCUAUAGUUCGUGAAUAUCUCAUUAACUAUGCAAGACCAUUAAUAUAUUCAACAUCUCUAUCUUAUCAUGGCUUAUGCUGUAUUCGUGCUGCUUAUUCAUUGAUGAACACUCCACAGUUAUUAGAGAGGCGACAAAAGCUAUUUGGCGUUAUUGAUUAUUUUCGUUCAACGACGUAUCCCUUAUUAGGAAAUAGACUUUUAGACCGUCCUGAAAGUCCUAUACAGGCAAUUUUGGUUCCUGGAAACAAAAAUUGCAUUUAUGUAGCGAAUCUUUUGCGACGGCAGAAUAUUUCAAUCUAUCCAAUAAGGAGUCCUACCGUUCCUAAAGGAGCGGAAAGAAUAAGGAUAACUUUACAUUCUGACAAUACAUGUGAAGAUAUAGACCUUUUAGUAAGACUAUUGGAAAGUUCGAUGUCCAAUUUUUAUAAGGCUAGGUACUAAUGUUGAUAGCUCGACUAACGUUUUUUUCAG